GCCUUUGGAUGGGGAGUUUUGAAGUGUUUCUGCUGAGAAAGCACAACUAUUACACUCAGAGAAGGAGGCGUGGUUUUGAACCCGAGGUGGUGCCACAGUCAACCCAGCUGAUUCCAGAUGGAAGUGGAUGCGGUUGAGAAGCGCCAUCGAACGCGUUCCAAAGGGGUCCGAGUUCCAGUGGAGACGGCAGCACAGGAGUUAUUCAGCUGUCCUACUCCAGGCUGUGAUGGAAGCGGACACGUCAGCGGCAAAUACGCCAGACACCGAAGUGUCUAUGGUUGCCCCCUGGCCAAAAAGAGGAAYACCCAGGAGAAACAGCCUCUGGAGCCUGCCCCCAAGAGGAGGCCCUUCUUAACCCCUCCCGACCCAGAGGAGGACACUGUUGCCAUCUUCCCCUGCUAUGAACCUGAACCCAUGAAUGAGAGGGAGGAGAAGGAGCAGGGGGAGUUAGAGGGGGAGAUCCAGGAGGAAGGGGAAGAGGAGGAAGGUGAGGGAGAGGAAGAGGGAGAAGAGAUGGAGGAGGAGGAAGGAUUUUCGGAGGAUAACGAGGAGCAAGGCGAUGAGGAAGGGGAAGAGGAGGAAGAGGAGGAAGAGGUGGAYAGGGAAAGAGAGGUAGUAGGMCCAGUAGAGGUAGAACAGGUGGAGGAUGGGAUAGAGGAAGAUGAGGAAGCAGAGGAUGGGGAUGAUGAAGAGCAAGAAGAAGAGGAGGAGCAAGAGGAGGAGGAUGAUGAGGGCGACGAAGAUGAACAUGAGGAAGAAGAGGAGGAAGAAGUGCACCAUGAGCCAGGGAACCGCUACAAAAAUAGUGGACAAUCAAGGCAUCACUCGAUGGGACAGAAGGACAACAACAACAACAACAGCGGCCCCGGUCCAAACAUCGGCCCUAACGGGGAAGAGUAUGAAAACUACGAUGAGCUGGUGGCCAAGUCCCUUCUCAACCUGGGGAAGAUCGCAGAGGACGCCGCCUACCAGGCCAUGACCGAGUCAGAGAUGAACAGCAACUCCUCCAACAGCGCCUGCGAGGACGAUGAUGACGAUGAGGAAGAGGGUAGCGAGCGCGGCGAGAGCAGGAAGGGCAAGCUGAGCGUGGACCUGGACAGUGACGUGGUCAGGGAGACAGUGGAUUCGCUCAAGCUGUUGGCGCAGGGCCACGGUGCCAUGCUGCCUGAAGACGGCUGCCUAGAAGGGGUGGAUGACGGCGAGCAUCCCAACGGGCGGCCCCACCAUCAUGGGGUCAGGGGUCAGGCUGAGGAGAGCGAAGAGGAGGUGUGUCUCAACAGCCUGGAGUGUCUGAGGAACCAGUGCUUUGACCUGGCCCGCAAGCUAAACGAGACGUCUCCAUCUGACCGCCCUGGACACCCGGGCCUGCACCACUACCAGGCGCAUCAGAACCACCACCCUCACCAGCCCCACCACCACCUGCUGCACCAAACCGACCACCAGCACCAUCAGGCUCAGCACCAGCCCCAGGACCACCACCACUUGCCCAGGUACGAGAGCUGCCAGCAGGGCCAGCAGCCAGACGAGCGUGGGUUGCUGGAGCGCAACUACUCAGACAUGGUCAACCUGAUGAAGCUGGAGGAGCAGCUGAGCCCAGCCUCAAGGACGGGCUACUCGGCCAGCUGCCACCAGGACGGGGAUGAGGACACCACAUCGGUGGCCUCGGAUCGCUCGGAAGAGGCCUUCGACAUGACCAAAGGKAACCUGUCCCUGCUGGAGAAGGCCAUUGCUAUGGAGUCGGAGCGAGCCAAGGUCAUGAGGGACCGCAUGGCCUUGGAGGGACAUCAUGCGGCGGUCCGGAGGGACAAUCAUCAUCACCACCAUCGCGGCGAGCACAGCCCCCGACAGAGCAGCGGGGCUGAGGAGCGCAAGUCCAGAAUGCACCACGACGGGUCAAAGAGAGCAUACUACCCUAAAGAUUCCUCUAGGGGAGACAAGAAGGAGAGUAAGUGUCCAACCCCGGGCUGCGAUGGGACAGGCCACGUCACGGGUCUCUACCCCCACCACAGGAGCCUGUCAGGCUGCCCCCACAAGGACAGGGUGCCACCAGAAAUUCUUGCAAUGUAUGAAAAUGUUCUAAAGUGCCCUACUCCUGGCUGCUCGGGGCGUGGCCAUGUCAAUAGCAACAGGAACUCCCACCGCAGUCUCUCGGGGUGCCCCAUUCGCGCGCUGCAGAGAAGAUGGUUAAAUCCAGGAGAAGCACAUCCCAUGUGACGGGGCCCCAAGUCCAGCCAGGCUUCAGAUCGUGUGCUGAGGCCAAUGUGCUUUGUGAAACAGCUGGAGAUCCCACAGUACGGUUACAAAAAUAACGUGUCCACCAGCACGCCGCGCUCCAACCUGGCCAAGGAGCUGGAGAAGUACUCCAAGACCAGCUUCGACUACGGCCAAGGCUACGACAGCCAGCACCACGUCUACAGCAGGGGGAAGACAGGCCUGGCCCCCAAGGCCCACGGACGGGACACGGACACCUCACCCAAGGGAUAUGAUGGUAGGGAACGACUGCUUGUGCGCUCUGAUGCAUGCACGCACGCAUGUUGGCACACACACACACGAAUGCACACACACACAAACGAACACACACAUAAUUCCUCAGAUUCUAGAUCUAUGCUUUGACAAUGUUAUAAAUAUGUUGAACAAGUGAUAGACUCUACAGAAGCUCUACUCGACACUUAUACAACGCAGAUGAACUAUUGAAAUACAUGCCUAAAACCAAUGUUUUUAUUUCCAUCAAUUUGAUUUUGCAUAGUUCACAAUUAGAGAGAACAACCCCAAUCUGGAUUGGAGAUGAACAUAGAACACAACCCAUUU